UUGUCUUCGUCGUCUUCAGCCAGUGACCUCCACAUCCAGCGAGAUGAAGACGGCGAAUUUCGGCGACUAGACAGAGGAGCCACGCGGCUCAAUUUUCGGCAGAUGAAGAUGGCGGCGGCUUAUGAGCUGACUGUGGAAGGCGGCACCGGCCAGUUGCCUGAUGGCGACGGCGGGAGGCGCGUGUUUGCUGUGCGGCAGCGACAAACUCCAUGUUCGAGGGUGAAGCUCCCGUUGGCCGCUUCUACGAUGGUCGGUGGCGGAGCUGAGUUCUACAGUGGUGGUCGUUGUCGGCGACGUUGA